UUGAGUUAAUCGAGUUGUGUGAUAAGCUUGGAGAUGCAUUUCGUGCACAACAUCAAAAUGGAAUCGGAAGUGCCUUGCGAAAGUUCCGGUUUCGGUACGGUAAAUCAGUGUUUGAACUAUUAUAAUUUUCACAAUGCGUAUUUAAAAUCGUGUCCUUUCAACGAGAUUGAAUAUCCGAUUCAGGAACAAGUUAAUCGUGAACAGUGCGACGGAUUCAAUCCUUUCCAACACAACUAUCAGGAUUAUUACUGUGUGCAAAGGAACCACGAAUAUUUAUUGGCCAAAGAUGACGAUACAAGGUGCGUGGGGUUCUGGAAUUCCGAUCUAAGGAUGCUUAACCAACAACUCUAUCAGAAUACUGAUCAAGAUUGGACCGCAAGAAUUGAUUCUAAUUAUUGUUUUAAUGAAACCGAUGGCUUUCAUGAGAAUGAAGCUUUUAAUGAGAGUUAUAUUGAGGAGAGUUUGGAAGUGAAUUCCCCAUGUUCAGAUGAUUCAACAGAUAUAAAACAGGCAGAUUAUGGAAACAAGGCAAGGAAAGAACGAACCGCGUUCACCAAAAAUCAAAUUAAAGAAUUAGAAAAGGAGUUUGAACAUUCAAAUUAUUUAACAAGACUCAGAAGAUACGAAAUUGCUGUUGCGCUAGAUCUUACUGAAAGACAGGUAAAAGUUUGGUUCCAAAAUCGAAGAAUGAAGUGGAAAAGGACUAAAGGCAGUGAUCAUGGAACAAAAGCCAGACAGUCCAAGAAAAAAAAUUAGCUUUAAGUUAUUUGACAUAUGAGUUUAUUAUAUAUUUGUAAAUAUGAUUUUCGUAAUAAAACUAUUAUAUACUUUUUAUUAUAUACUCCAUAAAUAUAAUGCAAAAAAUAUUAUAAAGUUAGUAUCAAGGGGCACCUAAUGUGAUGUAA